UCACUGUUUUUUCAUAUUCCCAUAUAAACAAAACACUUUGAUUUAUGUGUAACAAGAAUCAAAAGCUAUAUGGUCCCUUCUAUCCAAGAACAGCUUUUGAAGUUUUGAUCCUUUUUCUCACACCCCAUUUGCCGAUACUCAAUGUGUGAUCCAUGAGAAAACCAAGUUGGUGGUUUAGUUUCUAUCUCAGCAAUGAAGUUUUCAGUAAGGUUGGAAUCAGUUGUGUUUCAGCUUACACCAACUAGAACAAGGUUUGAUUUGGUCAUAACUGUGAAUGGAAAGACGGAGAAAAUUGCGUCAGGUUUGCUCAGUCCAUUUCUAUCCCAAUUGAAGGCUGCUCAAGACCAAAUAGGUAAAGGUGGUUAUUCAAUUGUUCUUGUGCCGGAGCAUGCAAGUGAUGCCACGUGGUUUACCAAGGGAACUAUUGAAAGGUUUGUUCGCUUUGUGAGUACACCUGAGAUACUGGAACGUGUAUAUACUUUAGAAUCCGAAAUCUUACAAAUUGAAGAGGCAAUUGCAAUUCAAGGAAAUCAUUCCAUAGGGAUUAGCCUUAUCGAAGAAAACCAAAUAAAACAAGUGGAAAACACUGAAGGGACUUUUGAAAGGACAAGUAGGAAAUUUAAGCAGGAGAGUAAUGUAGAGAAAGCAGUUGUUUCUUACAAGUCUGAUGCACAGCCACCUGAAGCAAAUGGAAGCACGUCGUUACAAGGAAAAUCAAAAGUUCAGCUUUUGAGAGUCCUGGAGACACGUAAGUCAGUGCUGCAUAAAGAGCAAGGAAUGGCAUUUGCACGUGCUGUUGCUGCUGGUUUUGACAUUGACUACAUACCAGCUUUGAUGUCAUUUGCUGAAUGCUUUGAAGCGUCGCGUUUGAUGGAUGCAUGUAAAAAAUUCACGUCUCUAUGGAAAAGAAAGCAUGAAAGUGGACUAUGGCUUGGAGUUGCAACUUCUGAAGCAACGCCUAAUCAUGCAGAUUUCUCUGCAACAAAUACAUCAGGCGUUUUACUUCCGAACAAUAUGGUCAAUACAUCCAACACUGAAAUGAACUUAGAAAGUAAUGGUGGGAAUAAAAACUCAGGCAACCAAGAUAAUAUUCAAGGUCAAUUUCCUAAUCAUGGGUUCUCCCCUUGGCCUGUUCAUUAUCCACCAGAUGCUUUGCCGGUGUAUCAUCCAUAUCCAGUCGAAGGCGUGCCCUACUAUCCGACUUAUCCAGGAAACAGCCAGUUUAUGCAGCCAGGUUGUCCGCCUAUGGAUGAUCCAAGAUUACAUGCUGGUCAAAGUAUGCAACAUAGAAGACAUUCCAUGGAUAGUAGACACAACAAUACUGAAUCCGAAAAUUGGGACAUAGAAACUUCGAAAACGAGGGUUCAGGGUGAAGUGGAUAUGAAGAAGGAAGGUUUACAGACCGGAGACCGAAGGAAAAAGGCUAGCCGAUUAGAUAGACGUAAGUCUGACACAGUGGUCAUCCAGAAUAUCAAUUACAUAACAAAGAUAAAAAGUUCGUCUGGAAGUGGAUCAUAUUCUGAUUCUGCAAUUGAAACUGAUGAAGAUAAAGAUAUUCAAGAACCUGUGAAGACCUCAAAAAGAAGAGGAUCCGGUAAGGCAUCUUUGAAGAGGUUGAAUUCAACUGAUAAGGAAGAAAUAGACUAUGCGAAGGAAGCAGAUGGAGCACAUUGGCAAGCAUUCCAAAAUUAUUUAUUGAGAGGUGUAGAUGAGGAUAGACAUGCCAUUGACCAAAACCAGUAUGAAGCGGAAAAGGCUGAUCACGUGAGAAGAAAAAAACAUGUUGCGGUCAAUGAUCCUUUAGAUUUUACCGAGAGAAAUCCUAUUGACAUUGACUUGGAGUUCCCAAAGGUGUAUACGGAGGAAGAAAAACGGAAAAUUUCCAAUUAUCAAUCAGAUGAAUUGAGCUUGAUGCCUGACCGAGGAGCUGAUAAAAGGUCAAUAGAUUAUGACCGUGCACUAGACUAUGAAAUGCAGGCCCAAGUUGUAAGUGGUUCUUCACAAGAUAAGAAGAACAAAGGGGUAUUGGCUCACACCAAACCAGGAACUAAAACGUUGGAUAAGGAGCAGAAAUCGAAACCUACUCCAAGUAGUUCUGAUAGAAAAAAGACAGUUGGGCCAAUAAGAAGAGGAAAGGCUAAUAAACCAAGUCCAUUGGAUGAAGCACGUGCGCGUGCUGAAAGACUACGAAAAUACAAAGCUGAUCUCCAGAAAAUGAAGAAAGAGAAGGAAGAGGAAGAUAUAAAACGCCUCGAGGCUUUAAAGAAGGAGAGGCAAAAGAGAAUCACUGCUCGGAGUAGCCUGGCAACUACCAAGUCACAAAUGUCAUCACAGCAAACCAAGAAACAGUUUGAAACGAAAUUUUUGCCGAGCGUGCAUAAAGGAUCAAAAUUUAGUGAUUCUGAGCCAAGAUCAUCCUUACCCUUCCAAAGGUUCCCCAUCAGAGCUGCUUCUGGCGGAUCCAAUGAUUCUUCAAAGGCCUUGAAAACCGGCAGAUUGAAUUCCGGUAGCCACUCAGUUACAAGCAAAUUAAGGCAGUCUGUGCCUCCUCUUCCUGAACCUAAGCAAGAGAAGGGCGAUGGUGCAACCAAUACUAAGGCAUCAAUGACACGCAUUAGAAGAUUCUCAGAACCUAAAAUGAGUACCAUUCGUCCGACUUCAUCAGUUAAACCACGAACCUCUAGGACAAUUUCAAGGACAAAAGCAACUGAUGAGACAGAGAGAAGAAAGAUUUCUGCUAUUGUGAAUUAUGAUAAAGACAAGAUUGCGACCCUUCCAGAACUGAAAAUCAGAAUAUCUAAAGCAAAUAACACUAUCCAAGACAGAUCAUCAAUUAAAGAGAAGACACAAAAGCUUUAUGGCAACAAGCCUUCUAUGAAUUCCGAAGGUGCCUUGUUGAAGAAAAGUGAAAUUGGAAUUUCAUCCAUUGAUGCUGGAGAUGACAAUCCUAUAAUUGAUAAGACUGUUGUGAUGCUUGAGUGUGGAAAAAAACCUUCUGCCCCUGAUGUAAGCAAUGAGAAAUCAAGAGGAAAAACAGUGAUAGCAAAGAGACAGUAUGACAAUGAUAAAGUAAUGGAGAAAACUGAGAUAGUAUCAAAUGACGUUGGUGUUCGUGCACCGGCUUCAUCCUUAAGAACAAAUGUGGUAGACAUAGAAACCUCAGAGAACCAAUCACAAGUGAAACCUGUAUCCACCAAGGUUAAAAUGAAUAAUACAGAGAAAGAACCUGCAAAAUCAUCUAGCACACGUAUUGCCGAGGGAACAUAUCGUGCCUCGUAUUCUCGAGGUUCUUCAUUAGAAGAUCAUUGUACACAGAAUUCUGGGUAUGGUAAAACACCUCCCAUGAGCUUGGAGACUGCAUCAAUUGGUACAGAGACUUUCAGGGGACACGUGUCUGACACCAGAAACUCAACGCUUGAGAAGAUUCUUGAGGUAAAUGAGAAUCCUCAGGUGAAGGAGUCACCAAAAGGAUUGAGACGACUGUUAAAGUUUGGAAGAAAGAAUCACAACUCAGCUACUGGGAGCAGCAUGGAAUCAGGUAAUGCGAUUGGAGCAAAUGGUUCCUCCAAUGAAGUUCCCACUUUGAAGAAUUUGCUCUCUCGAGAUGAAACUCUCUCAACCAAUGCGACUCCUCAAAAGUCUACUCGCUCUUUCUCGUUGUUAUCACCUUUUCGGAACAACAGCAGAGAAAAAAAGAUAAUGACGGCUUGAUAGAACCGAUCCUGUCAUUUGAGGUUUGAUGCAGCGACCGUUUACUCGAUUCUUUUAAUUUUUUUCCCUCUUUUCCAAAGUGUCAAUUGUCCUGGAUUAUUAUUGUCUUGCUGGAAAUAUCAGAGUAAAUAUAUUACUGUUGAAAUCCACUUCUCUGUCUACCCUUAACUGUUGCUUUUUUAAUCAAUAAUAAUGCUUGAAUUUUAUUCUUUACA